CCCCACACCCCUCUUUCCUCCCUGACAGGCAUUAAAACUUUUGGUAGACUACUAUAAAUUGAGCCAUCUCUGCCUCUUCAAGCCUUUUUUAAUUCUCUCUGUGAAGGUAACCUCGACCCACAACACCAUCCUAGGUGUUAUCCUUCUACCACCCCUUACUCUGUGUUCUUGGAUGACAUCCUCAUUAUCGGGCCAUAAUGACAUACAAGACAUUCGAUGAGGACAACUCUAGCGAAGAGCCCAAUUCCGCGAUCAUCCUCGAUAUAUCUGAAGGUCGUCCAAACGAGGUCGGAGUCGAAGACCCUCUAGAUGAGAUCAUCCAGCGCAACGACGUGCUCGGUCUGCUCCGCUACAACGAAGAAGCAAAAGACCGCGGCGAGGAUAUUUUCAGCCGGGUGAGAGUAAGCUCUUUCGGAUACGACCCGUGGCCGCCGUUCUACUCCGCGGCGUAUCAUGGGAGUCUCGAGGCUUUACGCGCCCUGAUAGACAUUUAUCGAUCCGACCCCGCGCACCGGCAGCCGCUGGAAGAAUAUCUGCAGGGACUUGACUUUCGACUGCUCAACCUCGCUUGUGGCAACGCCGAUCGGAAGAUGACACGGUUCCUGCUCGACCAUCAACCACCCCUGGGCGCGUGGCGGGAUCGGGACACCAAUGGGGCGACACCGCUGGUUUGUGCCGCACAAGCUUUUGUGGGUAAUGUUGAGGCCUUGGAGAGGAAGAUGAAGGAUACAAGUUUCAUAGUGAUCCGGGAGAAGUUGCGAGAGCACCAGGUCCGUUAUGGCGAGUUUAUUGAAUUCUGUUUGGCCAGUGGUGCUUCGGUCCGCGAGGCGGAUCAAUACGUGCCUUCCUAUGCACUCGGACGGCAAGCCCAGCCUGGCGACCCGCAGGAGAUAUUGGGGGAUACCGUGCUGGGCAGUGUGGUGCCCCGCGCCAGCUAUGCAAUGGUGUCCCGCUUGAUCGCGGCAGGCGCCGAUGCGCAUGUCGUGCAGACGUGGUACGAUCCCUGUGCCUUUGGUUCUGCCUUGCGGUGCAGCGGGGUCACACCGCUGCAUAUUGCCAGCAAAUACUGGAAUUUAGACGCGAUGCAGGCGCUGUUAGACCACCGGGGUCGGAUCGAACUGGCCGAGAUGGUGUCGAGAAUGGAUGGCAACGGGAGACCACCACUGUAUUGGGCAUUAAUGGGCGAUGAGGACGAAAUUGCUACCUUGACUCCUUCAGAAGUGACCUCGCGGAUGUUGCGCACUGUGAAGCUGAUUCUUGAUAUUGGACCAGCGAUGGUGAAUGUGAAGGAUCAUGAUAACAAGACAGUGCUGCACUAUGCGGUUGACAGUCAUGUGGGGGAUGCCGACUGUCUCGCGGCAGUGAAAUUGCUGCUGGAGUACCGACCCGACCGGGACAUCCUGAACGCCCAGGGUGCGGACCUGGAUGACCCGGGCUCGACCGUUUUGCAUUACGCCGUAUCGCGUCGUGCAGAUGACGGCGUCAAGUCUGAGAUCUUCUUCCAGCUGCUUGACAUUCUAGUUAUUCAUGGGGCAGAUCCGACGAUGUGCGACGAGGCAGGCCGGACAAUGCUAUACCCGUUGGCUAUAAUGGGUACAGACAUCAGGCCUAUCGACGAUGAGACCUUGGAGAAGGUCUUGACACUGGUGGACAUUAAUCACGCUGACGUGAAUGGAGAUACCUCGCUGCAUCAUUUUGUGAGGCGACUUCGCCAAAUCCGAGAGGUGGAUAAACUGCUCAACCGGGGUGCCGACGUCAACGCAGUCAAUAAGAAGGGAAACACGCCGCUACAUGUGGCCGUCGGAGCAAGUACCUUCCCCAGUGUGCGAAGAAUGGACGAUGGUGGCUACGUGGAAAUUCCGCUUGAAGAUCGGUUGGAGGCGCUUGAGAAGAUGAUCGAGAUUCUCCAGGACGCUGGGGCCUCCAUGGAUCAAGCCAACCUUGCAGGAGAAACACCGCGUGAGAUAUUGAAAGAGACCAGGGAACGAUGGGCGCUGAAAGACUUUAGUCCUCGCUGGAGAUAGCAUCGCCUCAAGCCUAAAGAGAUUAACAAGGAUAUGUGAAGAAUAUCAUUGUUAUG